CGUUUUUCCGCGAACGCGAGCACGCCACUUGUCAAUUGCAGCUUGUCAUCGCGUGCGCGCGCUUUCGCCACUCUCGGACUGCCGAUCUACGCGCACCUUUUUUACAGGAGCAUCGCGCUCCUGUCAUCUGCCGCGUCAUCGCGCAUUGAUCGCGUUAAAUCGACGUGGCUUUUAACAUAAGCUGUGGCGACUUCGCAGCUGGACGAUUUCGCAACGAUAUCGAGAGAGAGAGAGAGAUUGCUCUGCCCACGAGUUCUUCUUCGUUCGAAUUCCGUUGGCGCGUCGCUGGAUCUAACCUCAACGGCCACCACCGAGUGACUUGUCCUUUGUCGGUGGCGCUUUUUUUUCUUUUUGUUAACGAGGUAAUAUGAGAUCUUCGUGCGAGAUAAUUCGCUGUUAGCUUUUUUUCUUAUUAUGGAGGUUAUACUGCGCGUGUGAGAAGGAGCGCGUUGCUCGUGUCAAUCCGCUCCGCGGAGAUCACCACCGAGUAUCGAAGUCGAAUUUCUGAAACCAAAACUUCGGUGACCAAUAUGUCGACCAAUAUGUCGACUGGCCGUGUGAAAAAGCGAUAUGAUGAUAUAAUCAAAUCACAAAAUGACGACCGAUUUUAUAGGGGUUUAAAACUCGCUAAUAAAAUGAAAAUUCUUUUGAUAAGCGAUCCAAAAACUGACAAAAGUGCUGUUGCAAUGGACGUUCAUGUCGGCUAUAUGUGCGAUCCAGAUGAUGUACCUGGAUUAGCGCACUUCUGCGAGCAUAUGUUGUUCUUGGGAACUGAGAAAUAUUCUCAGCAGAAUGAUUACACCAAAUACCUGUCGCAGAAUGGUGGGGAGAGUAAUGCGUCAACAAACUUAGAUCACACCGUCUAUUACUUCGACAUAGCUCCAGAUAAGUUAGAGGGCGCAUUAGAUCGCUUCGCUCAAUUUUUCAUAGCGCCUCUGUUCACGGAGACCUUGACCGAGCUGGAGCUGAAUGCCAUAAAUUCCGAACACGAGAAAAAUUUAGCGAAUGACAUCUGGCGAGUUCAUCAAUUGGAUAAGGCAUCUGCGAGCCCAGAUCAUCCGUAUUCGAAAUUCGGCACGGGCAAUAGAGAAACCUUAGAAAUAAUAGCGAAACAAAAAGGCAUUAAUCUUCGAAGCAGACUAUUAGAGUUUCAUGAAAAGUAUUAUUCUGCAAAUAUUAUGACCUUGUGCAUUCUUGGCAAAGACAGUUUAGAUGAGCUCGAAAAUAUGGUAGUAGAUCUCUUUUCUGAAGUACAAAAUAAGGAAAUUGAAAUUCCAGUAUGGCCUGAACAUCCAUUUAAAGACGAACAUUUUCGCACUACGUGGUACAUUGUUCCAAUUAAGGAUACAAGAAACUUAGACAUUUUAUUUCCUUUACCUGACAUGCAGCAACAUUAUCGGUCUUCGCCUACGCGUUACGUUUCUCAUUUGCUUGGACAUGAAGGAGAGGGCUCACUAUUGUCAGCUUUGAAGGCCAGGAGUUGGUGUAACUCGCUGGUAUCUGGAAAACGCCGUGGCGCCAAAGGCUUCAGUUUCUUUAGUAUUCUUGUCGAUCUGACCGAAGAAGGUAUUAAGCAUAUUGAAGAUAUUGUUCAGCUGGUGUUUCAGUACAUCAAUAUGCUUAAGAUGAAAGGCCCGAUCGAAUGGAUCUACGAUGAAUACCGAGAUAUUGCAAGUACGAAUUUUCGUUUCAAGGAGAAGUCGUCGCCUCGUACAUAUGUGUAUUCUACGGUUCAAGCCCUGCACGAAUAUCCCAUGAACGAAGUUUUGUGCGCGGAACAUAUUUUGAGUGAGUGGCGACCGGAUUUGAUCGACGAAAUAAUGACAUAUUUAUCGCCGAAAAAUAUAAGGAUUCACGCCGUCGCAAAAGCGUAUGAAGAUAUAGUUAAUGAAUCCGAAAGUUGGUAUGGCACUAAAUAUAAGAAAGAGAAGGUAUCUGAAGAAACAAUGGACAUGUGGAACGUCGCUGGUUACAACACAGACCUGAAAUUGCCUCCCAAGAAUGAAUUUAUAGCGACUGCGUUUGAUAUCAAGCCACACAAUAAUGUAGAAAAGUUUCCUAUUAUUUUGGAGGAUACACCGCUUGUAAGACUUUGGUUUAAAAAGGAUGAUGAAUAUCUUGUGCCGAUGGCAAGGAUGAUGUUCGAUUUUAUCAGCCCGUAUGCCUAUAUGGAUCCUCUUAGUUGCAAUUUGACCCAUAUGUUUGUUCAGCUGUUUCGUGAUUCUAUUAACGAAUAUGCAUAUGCUGCUGAGUUAGCUGGUUUACAAUGGGACUUUUCUAAUUCUAAAUAUGGAAUAACUCUUGGUAUAGGUGGUUACGACAAUAAGCUACGUGUGCUGUUGGAAAAAAUCAUGAACCGAAUGAUAACUUUUCAUGUAGAUCCAAAGAGAUUUGAAAUCCUAAAGGAAAAUUAUAUCAGGAACUUGAAAAAUUUCGCUGCUGAACAGCCAUAUCAUCAUGCUGUCUACUAUCAUAUAGUCCUCUUGGAAGAGCAAGUUUGGCUCAAGGAAGAAUUACUGGAAGCUACUGCUCAUCUAACUGCCGACAGACUCCAGCGAUUUAUACCACAAUUACUCAGUAAGGUGCAUGUAGAAUGCUUAAUACAUGGCAAUGUAUCUGUAACGGAAGCUACAGAUCUAGUUAAACUAAUUGAGAAUAGGUUGACAACUUUAGUGCCUCACAUACUACCCUUGUUACAAAAGCAAUUACUAUUGUAUCGUGAAAUUAAACUAGAAGAUGGUUGUCAGUUUCUAUUUGAAACGGAAAAUAAAUUUCAUAAAAGUUCUUGUACAAUGAUAUACUAUCCAACUGAUUUGCAAUCAACGGAGUCAAAUAUGCUCUUAGAGCUCUUAGCACAAAUUAUUUCGGAACCUUGCUUCAAUACUUUGAGAACUAAGGAGCAAUUAGGCUAUAUAGUAUUUAGCGGAGUACGUAGAACAUCUGAAGCGCAAGGCUUGCGAGUCUUAGUGCAAAGUGAUAAACACCCACGAUAUGUCGAAAGACGAAUCGAUUCAUUUAUAGAUUCCAUGCUGGAUUAUUUAUCUACCAUGUCAGAAGAGCAAUUUGAGGAUUACAAAAAAGCUCUAGCUACAUUACGUUUGGAGAAACCAAAAAAGCUAAGUGCUCGGUGCGCCUUAUACUGGAAUGAGAUUAUUGGCCAGCAAUAUAACUUUGAUCGAGUAAAUAUUGAAGUAGCUUACUUAAAGACGAUAACGCGGCAGCAGUUACUUAGUUUUUAUAAGAAACAUGUACAUAGUACAGCUCGACAUAAAUUGUCAAUACAUGUGGUAUCUACGGCAACGGAAAAUAAUUCGUUUGAUAACCACAUAAUCGAAAACUUUGCCGAUUCAUCAAUCGAUGAAGUAAAGAAGAUCGACGAUAUCAUGUCAUUUAAAAAUAGUCAAACUUUAUAUCCUCUAUUACAACCAUUCGAAAAAUAUUUUCUCAGAAAGGGCAUACGCUCUUCUAAAUUGUGAAAAAAUGAUAAAAUAAUAGUGAAUUGAAUGAAUUUGAUCAUAUGCAUAAUUUGAGAAAAAAAAACUUAACGCAUUUUAUAGAAAUUAAUAAAUCACUUGCUAGCGUACUUAAUAUUUAUAAAAUUUAGCACAUGCAUGGAAUUUAUAAGUCACGACAUAUAUGCUACAAUUUAUUGUUAAAAGACGAUUUUAUAUUAGGCAAUUUAAUACACUAUUUUAAUUAACAAAA